CUCACAACCACUGACCACAUAAAACCCUACGAAUUACGAUCAAAACAAACAUGUGAUACAUUAAUCCUAAAUCACCACACGGAAACUUGUUACAAGAACCGGCCUAUUUAAAUUUCAAGCUUGUGAUAAAGAAUAUGGAUUGUUCUUAAUUUUUUCAGAAGUCCUAUUAAAACCACAGUAAAAUGUUCCGAUCAAGAUUGUACAGUCUCCUCAAAACUUCUUUUAAAUUUAACAGUAGAAAAUUGUCGUAUAAACUACUCAAAAUAGCCCCCAUCACAUUUUCAGCCUUGACAACUGUAUCUUGUGAUGAUCAAAAACAGGAAAUCUCAGAUAUUAGUAAUACAGAUAGUUUAGAGCAUGAGUUUUUGAUAAGACAAGCUACUACAGUGAACGUAAAUGCAGCAACUCAACUUCUAACAGUUACUUUAGUUGCAAUUCAAGACACUAGCGAGAGAUUAAGAGAUGCAUUAUCCAAAGAAAUAUGUCUUGUAAGGCAAGCCUUAGAGUGGGGCGAGGAAGGAACACCAGCCCAACAUUGGGAUCAGCUUGUGGCCAUUCGUGGGGCAUUGUGUGAUCUUAAUCAUAAUCUUAGAACAUUAUUUAGUUAUAUGGACUAUGCUGAAAAAUUAGCAACUCUAGCUGCAGAAAUUUCCUAUUUAUCUGGAAACACUGCUGCCUCGGACGCAAUAUGUGAACGGAUUAAUCAUGCUAAUAGGUCUUGCAACAACCAGAAGAAACUGACCCAUGACCUGCAACAAGAAUGUUUGGAGUUACAACAGCUAGCAAUAAUAAAUGCUCCUCAUUUAGAAGAACAAUUAAAACCAAAUGAUAAAAAACGAAAAUAAAUAUUUAAUCUAGUAAA